GAGAAUCUCUUGUGCUGGACUGGGGGAGUCCCAGGUACUAGGGUGUCGCCUAACUGGGACUUAGCUUUGGGGAAUCCGGGGCCAGGACGUUGCGGAAACACAGGUGGCUCUGAUUGGGGGCGGGGCGCCCCUGAGAGCUGGGCAGCCCCGCGGAGGUUCCGGGACUCGGAGGGGGCGAGUCUGCGGAGGGAGGGGCUGGUGCCGGGGGAGGGGCUACCGGCCUGCAAUGGGCGGAUCCCGCACCUGCAGCCCUUGGCCCGGGGCCAUGGGAGGGUCUACGGCAGAGAGGGAGGAGCUCGCUCGUCGGCCAGCUGGCUUGAGGCAGGUCCACUGAGCCCCAAGAUCCUGGGGCAAAGGACUCAGCCAGGACCGGAGGAAUUCUCCCACCCGGCCAGGCCUGCAACCGGCGAUCCCCGUCCCCAACUCCAGGACCUGUCCAGCUCCUCCAGCGCUGACCACUCCCUCCCCCAAGCUGCCCCUCCUCAGCUUCCACGAUCCUCCACUCCACUGGCCAUCACACACUCUUCCAUAGCUGCUGCCUCCCAGAUGCAUCCAGCGGCCCAGAAUUCCACUGCCAUGGCCAGCCUUGGGAAGCCUGGGGCUGGGGAAGCCCAGGAGGAGGAGAGGGUGGAAGAGGGGGGCUCCGUGGGCCCGCGGGUGGCAGUGCUGGAGCAGGCCCAGGAACUGUUUCUGCUGUGUGACAAGGAGGCCAAGGGCUUCAUCACCCGGCACGACCUGCAGGGUCUGCAGAGCGACUUGGCCCUCACACCUGAACAACUAGAGGCCGUGUUUGAAAGUCUGGACCAGGCCCACACAGGCUUCCUCACCGCUUGGGAGUUCUGUCUUGGCUUGGGGAAGUUUGUGGGGGAGGAAUCAGCCCAGGGCUCACUGCCUUCCCGGGCUCCCGAGGAAACCUUUGAGUCUGGCUGGUCCACUGUGCAAGGCCCGCCAGGCUCCCUGGAGAAGGAGGAGGAAGAGGAGGAGGAGGGGUUCUGCACCGCGCUGGAGCAGCUCAGGGUGGCCCCGGUGCUGGCCGAGCAGCCCGCGGUGCGGAAGCUCUGGACCCGGCUGCAGCGCGAGCGACCCGAGCUACUGGGCUCCUUCGAGGACGUUCUGAUGCGGGCGUCGGCCUGCCUGGAGGAGGCGGCCCGAGAGCGGGUCGGCCUUGAGCAGGCGCUGCGGCGGCGGGACUGCGAGCACGACAGGGAAGUGCGGAGUCUGUACGAGGAGAUGGAGCAGCAGCUUCGCGAGCAGCGCCUGCGCCUGCGGAGUCAGGACCUCCCCCGGGAGGAGCGGAGAGGCCGCCUGGAGCGGGAGCUGCAGAGCCGCCAGCAAGAGCUGGAGCGCGCGGGCCUGCGGCAGCGGGAGUUGGAACAGCAGCUGCAGGCCCGCGCCGCUGAGCAACUGGAGGCGCAGGCGCAGAACGCCCAGCUGUGGCUGGCCAAUGAGGCCCUGCGGACGCAGCUGGAAAACGCGCAGGAGCAGCUCCGCAGACUGGAGGAAGACGUGCAGGGCCGCCAGAAGCAAACCCAACGAGACGUGGUUGCGGUAUCGAGGAACAUGCAGAAGGAGAAGCGCAGUCUCCUGCGGCAGCUGGAGCUCCUCAGGGAGCUGAACACGCGGCUACGGGACGACAGGGAUGUCUGUGAGGCCAAGCGACUGGGCAGUGACCACAGGAAGGCUCUGGCUACGGCCUGCCCAUGGGGGCCAGCCUGCUGCUGCUGGGUUCACCCCCCUAGACUCAGCUCUGGCCACCUCACCAGUGCCCGAUGACCAGCCCUGAGUGACUCACUGGGCAUCAGGUGGAGAAAUGCCUGGUGAAGUCGACUCGUCAUGGCUGGGUGCUGCCCACCCAGGAUGUGAGCCCUACCCAGUGGACUGCCUGGCCUGCUUGCCCGCAGUCAUGAAAGAACUAACCCUGUGUGUUCUCUCAUGCCCCUGCAGGUCCUCAUCCUCUCCCCAUUCCAUCAAACCCUUCUCUGCCCAGCAGAAAGCCCUCCUCCAAAUAAAGUCCAUUGAUUACAUUG